AUGGACAGGACCUCUGAUGAGGAGGACAAACAAAAGUCACCAUAGAAAUUAGUAGCAGAACCUGAAAAAAACAUUCCUCCCACCCCAAAAUAGAUGUGGACAUGCCAAUUAGGGCCUCCAGUCCAGUCAGCAUAAACAAAAGGAGGUAUGGGAGGGAGAGAAGGAGGGAGGGAGGGGGAGGUGUCUAACACAAGUGGAGCAGAUGUCACUUGGUCAAUACUUCCUGUUUUGUUGGCCUUUUUAUUUUGAGCCACCUAAUUUAGAGGCCCAGCCGGUCUGCCUCUCUCUCUGUGGAGCUGGGCUUGAGAUUUACUCUGACACUCUGGCUCCCAUUGUUCCAGUUUCCUUUCUCUCCUAGCAGACCCGACCACAGAGGACAGCACUCAGCUCCAGCUCAGCGUGCGUGUGUCUCUGUCUGCCUCCAUCAACACAGACUAUAGAGUUGAUAGUGUCACCACUGUCUUUUUCCCACGCUUUUCUCCUUUUGUAACCCUAUUCUGAGGAUACAAAUGUCAGCAGUUGACAUCUCAAAGUGUGUUUUUGGGGGGGGAUGUGUGUACUUACUCCAACUUCGUACUACAGUUAUGGUAGUGUACACAACUUAUCCAUGCAGAAUGAUCAUGUCAACUGAUGAGUGGAGUGGUAGAGGUUAUAAGAGGAAAAGUGUGUCAAGUUACAGCAAGCCUUGGUUUCAUACUUACUCAAUCAGUCAUUCUGUGUUCUGCCUAAUCUGGAGGAGGGACCAGAGGGAGGGAGGUUCCCGUACACAUUGCCAUACUGGUAGAACCGGUCCAGAGUGGAGAACGAUAUUCUGGGGAAGGCGAGAGGAGGAGGAGGAGAGACUCAUUCUCUUCUGUCUGUUCAGUGUUCAGUUGGACUCAUCAUACCUCAGGCCAGCAUGGAACCAGGCAUCAAUAACCACAUCUGAUCCUCAUCAUCAAAUCACAGCCUAUCAGAGCACAGAGACCAUGACUUCAUCAUCACAUCACAGCCUAUCAGAGCAGUGAGACCAUGACUUCAUCAUCACAUCACAGCCUAUCAGAGCACAGAGACCAUGACUUCAUCAUCACAUCACAGCCUAUCAGAGCAGAGAGACCAUGACUUCAUCAUCACAUCACAGCCUAUCAGAGCACAGAGACCAUGACUUCAUCAUCACAUCACAGCCUAUCAGAGCAGAGAGACCAUGACUUCAUCAUCACAUCACAGCCUAUCAGAGCACAGAGACCAUGACUUCAUGGUUUUGUGGAACAGCGUAAUACUGUAGCGCUCUGUUUGCCUCUGAAACAGCACCCUAUUCAAACAGUGCAGUACUUUUGAGCCCUUAGAGCUCUGGUCAAAAGAGGUAUUAGGGUGCUGUUUCGGGUUGUACUGUAAUGGAUAAGCUGCUACACUCAUAUUGCUCUUCCACUGAGUCUUCCUCAGACAGACAGACAAAAAAACUGACAGAUAGGCAGACAGUGCAUUCCUAUGUGGAGUCCUGCUCGCAUCUGCGUGACGUUUUUAUGGGUUUGUCCAUCAGCUUCAUAUUUCAGACAUUCUCAGAGGCACAGUGUACCUGUGAGAGGGUCAGACAAACAGGGUCUCUUUCUCGCAGCACGCACAGGCAAACACACACACACACACACUCACACAGUCAUCCCCUUUCCCAGUGGGUUCCAUUACUGUGGAAACUAAAGGUGAGGGAGAGUCUGUCUUUCUGGUGAAAAACAAAAGGCUUGUGUAGGUAAAUGUUGUCCCUCACUCUGUGUGUUAAAUAUAGCUGGCGGUGGGAGAGAGAUGCAAACGGAAAAGGCGCUUGUGUUUUCUGCUGAUGAGUGGCCCCCUUUGUUUCCUUGUAUGAGUCGCUGAUGUUACGUUCCUGGAAUAAUCCACUUGUUCUGCCUUACUAGUCAGACUCUGGGCUGCGUCUCCCAAAUGGCACGCUAUUCCCUAUAUAGUACACAAAAGUAGUGCACUAUUUAGGGAAUAGGGUGUCAUUUGGGACACACACACCCGAGAGCCUGUUGACUUGAUUUUAAUAAUUCCAAAUAUUGAUGGCAUUCAUGCAGCCUCUGUCAAGCCUUUCUCAUUCCUCCUCUCCAGCCUCCUAAUAUGGAGGCCUUCAGCAGAGGGCCAUGUCAGAACAAGUUAGGGCACGGUUGUUACGGCUGCAUUUAUACACAAACAGCAACUGGACUUUCAAAGACAGAAAUGUCCAUCAGAAGGCUUCCCCACACAACUCUUGCAAUGCCUGCAUUCAUUUUUACACAGAAAAACACACAGACACGCACAGACACGCACAGACACACACACCUCAUCAGCUCGUGUUCGUUCCUACAAGAGGAUUGUGAAAAGCUCAUCUUUCAUUCCUAGAUAAACACACGUUUGUUGGUUCUCUCUCAUUAGCAGUGGGGAGUGAUUGAUUUAGUCAAACAGUAAUAAUAAUAGUCCAGUGAACAAUGGAGUGUUUGUGUAAUGAUACAGUAUACAUUGAGGCUGUCCCCAGCUGGCUGUGCACUGUGAGGGCCUGCAAACAGCCCUUUGAUUUCCAUGGGCGUCCAAACUAAAGCAUGAAUCACAUAAUCCGUUGUUCCCAUUCGGGGUGUGAGAGUACACAGCUGGCUAUAUCAGUGUGUAAAAAGGAGGCUUUUCUCCUCACACACAUGCACAGGCACAGCACAGCAGUGUUGUAGGAUAUAGAAUAUAUCUAUCUCACCCUCAGUCACUCCACACCCUCCUCAACCCAGCUGUGAGAUACAGUUCCACUGCCUGCAGGUCCUGACACUAGACAGAAACAUUCUCACUGGUGCUGCUUGGAAUUUGGAAGAAGGCCAAGUCAAACUUCAUGAAAUGUACAGUACAUAAUUUCACUUUACAAAGCCUUAGACACUUGAGACUUUGUGUGUGUAGUUAUAAACUUAACCAAAGACUUGGCAAUUAUGUCAAUAAUUGUUUUGAGUCUGUGUCCGUAUGCAUGUGUGAGAGUGUGAAUGUGUGUGUGUGUGUGUGUGUGUCAGUACUGUGUAGUAACACCUGCAGCUCUUUCCCAAACCCGUCCUGGAUCCUGUUGUAGAGCGUGGUAAUCUUUCCCACUGACUCACCCAUGCAAUGCAAAUGUCCCAGAGCAGCAUGCAAAUCAGAUUUAUGUCACUGAAGAAUCUAGAGUAAGGAGAGCCCAGUGGAGGGGAGAGGGAAAGGCUGUAAGAUAGUGAUGCAUAUUUGCGGCAGACAUUCCUUUUGUAUGUGUCGUGUCCAGUGUGGGAUCGCUGCUCACAUUCAUCUACCACACGUCUAUACACUGAGUGGGCUGUGCCUCUGGUCAAUUUAUCUCCCUCUCUGUCACAUCUCCCUUUCUCUCUCUCUUUUCUUUACUAAACAGUACCUCUGUCUCCUGUACGGUUAGUUUCUGGGAGUCAAGUGUUACUGCCGUACAGUAAUUAAACACUUGAACUGAAGUCAAGGUUAGAAGUAAGAAAUUGAUUUUCAGAGAAACUCAACUCUCUCCCCUCCCUCCUUCCCUCCCUCCCCCUAGAGCCCUCGGUGUCGGCACCCCUGGGGUCAGUCCCCAUGGACCUGCGUGUGACGGAGCGUGUGAUGCGGCCGGGUUCAGACACGGCCCUGCUGACGCCCCUGCACCCUCCUCUGCUCCACAGCCCCUUCUCCUCCCAGCCCUGCACCCCCUUCUCACAGCACCAGCUGCACCAGCACAUACGGGUACGUACUGUACCGUUAGGCCUGCUCUCAGCACACUUUGUCGCCAAACACCGACACACACACUGGUGUGAAAGGAACCCAUAAAUUGCAUUACAUGUCUGUAAUGUUUUUAUGUCUGCAAUGUUUAAUGUGUAAUGUUUCUUAUACAUUUUAGCUCGUAUUAGUAAUGACUUUCAUGCCCCAUUUACACUCAUUAGCCCAAGUCUUUCUGUCACCCAUGUGUCACACAUUCCCAGUCCAGAGGGGCACUUUUUCCUGUUUCCACACAUACUUUACUGAGUGUCUCAUCGGAUUUCAGUUCAACAUGGAACAACGGAGACGUGAGCAGGAGCAGGAGAAACAGCAAGAGCUGCAGCAGCUGUGGCACAAGGACAAGAGCCAACAGAGUGAGUUUUACUGUUUGUGUGCGUACAUGCGUGCGCCUGUGUUGUGUGCUUGUACACUGUAGUAGGAGAGAAUGGGUUAAGUUGAGCCAGUGGGUCAAGUUGGCCAAAUGGUUACUUGAGCCACCCCUUGUUUCUAGGAAACCAUACACAAAAUGAAUCAUGUGACCAAAUAUUUUAGAAUAGGUCAUGAUUUCAUGGAGUCUGUGAAGCAUGGAAAAAGUGUUAAGCAAGUUAGGUAAAUACAUGUAUUGUGUUAUAGGUUUUAUGAUGCUUGUAUCUAAACCAAAGUAGAUAGUUUUAAGAUAGUUUUAUACAUCAGUUGGAGUCUCUAUAAGCUAUAAUACAAGGUCCUAAACCUAGCAUGAAAGUGCAUCCUUGUAGCUGUGUGGGCUAAUAUAGUCAAAAUGUUUGCCUUGGGGUAAGUUGAGCCAAUGGCCAACAUAUCCCAUACAAAUGAUGAUUACAUUUUGUCAGUUUUAUUCAUAAUAUGCAUAGUAUUUUUGCAAUGUGGCAUGCAUAUGAACUCAAAAUAGACGUAAAACAAGCAGGGGUCUAGCCCCCCUUGAAGUUCUUGAGAGAGCAGCCAAGUAAGUGAAAGAAGAGAAGUCAUUUGAGCAGCAGCAAGGGAUGAAAAUGAGCAUGUACCUGUGCAAAAGGCUAUAGUAGAGUAGCUGAGGCACACAAGGUCUUAUCUGAUGACAUGGAGUCUGAGCUUGCUAAACAUAUCAAGAAUCUCGUGGACCAGUUUCAUGGGCUUAGUAGCCUCAAGUGCAGAGAACUUAAGCCAAUGGCACAUCGAAACAACAUCCCUGUCCCAGACAACUGGUCAAGAAAUGGAAGGGUAAGUGAUAUUGAACAGAGAGAUCUAUAUCUCAAUGGACAUUUAAGAUAUACAAUAUACCACUCCGAUUCCAUGAAUUCAACUUUAACAUACAGGUAACUGCCAAAAUAAAGGAAACACCAACAUAAAGAGUAUUUUUUUUUUUUUUUUUUAAAUGCACCUUUAUUUAACCAGGUAAGCCAGUUGAGAACAAGUUCUCAUUUACAACUGCGACCUGGCCAAGAUAAAGCAAUCAUAGGGCGUUGGGCCACCACGAGCCAGAACAGCUUCAAUGCACCUUGGUAUAGAACUCUAUUGGAGGGAUGCCACACUAUUCUUCCAUGAGAAAAUCCAUCAUUUGGUGUUUUGUUGAUGUUGGUGAAAAACGCUGUCUCAGGCACCGCUCCAGAAUCUCCCAUAAGUGUUCAAUUGGGUUGAGAUCUGGUGACUGAGAUGGCCAUGGCAUAUGGUUUACAUCAUUUUCAUGCUCAUCAAACCAUUCAGUGACCACUUGUGCCCUGUGGAUGUCAUCCUAUGGGGACAUAGCCAUAGUAGCCAAAAUAAUGGCCUGCCCAGCAUUUUCAUACAGGACCCUAAGCAUGAUGGGAUGUUCAUUGCUUAAUUAACUCAGGAACCACACCUGUGUGGAAGCACUUGCUUUCAAUAUACUUUGUAUUCCUCAUUUACUAAAGUGUUUCCAUUAUUUUGGCAGUUACCUGUAACAGCACCAUCACCCACUGUCACAGGACACCAUGACCCACUUACCCCAAAGCGGCUCAACUUACCCCAUACCCGGGGUAAGUUGUGCCAAGAGACCACCUUUUUUAUGUUUUCAAAACUAUUAUGUUUACAUUUAAUUCUGAUUAUUUCCAGGGAGACACAACAUCCUGAAAUAUAUGUAGAAAUCUUUGGUAGAAAGAAUACUAUAUUUCCCUUUGACGUAGUGAUGCUGAUUGUAAAAAAAUAGCUCAACAUACCCCACUCUCCCCUAUCGUUAUCCUCAUUGAUUGAAGUGUUCUGCACAGUGUUGUAUAAAGUGAAACAGAUCCAUCAAUGUCACUUUCACAAGACAAACAUCCUACACACACACACACACAAACACACACACACAAACACACACACACACACACACACAUAAACACAGAUAAAUACAUACACACUCUACAAAUGUAAAUAUUCACACCAAACAGCCAAAGAAUGCCUUGUAUCAAAACCAACAUGGACACCCAUUUGAGAGGCACUUCCUUCUGCCUAUUCCCAACAGACUGAGUCAUCAUAAAUAGCACCUAGACAAAAAUAACGCCAAAUCUCUUGUCUCUUACAACAAGCAGAGGAAAACUGUAAUUUAGUGCUCCGUCUUUGCAUGUCCAUAAAUACAUCUGUGAGGUCUCUGAGCAUUCCUCCAGUAAGACAGUAUCUGGUAGGGCCCCGGAGAGGAGAAGAGAGGAGAAGAGAAGAGGGGAGAAGAGAAGAGGGGAGAAGAGAAGAGAGGAGAAGAGAGGAGAAGAAAGGAGAAGAGAAGAGAGGAGAGGAGAGGAGAAGAGAGGAGAAGAGGAGAGGAUAGGAGAAGAGGAGAGGAGAGGAGAAGAGAAGAGAAGAAAGGAGAAGAGAGGAGAAGAGAAGAAAGGAGAAGAGAGGAAGGAUGAGCUGUAUAGUGCUGUUGUUUUGACCCCUGCCCUGUGGGUCCCAAACCCGGUUCUCUGUGAGUGGCUGUCAAUGGACCAUUGUGGCUCUGCUCAGAGCAGCUCAUCUCUGUGUGUUGUGGGCUGAGGCAUGCUGGGACGGCAGUGGUAGUAGACAUCACAUGUUGCUUCCUCCUCACACAGAGCCCACUGUUCCUGUUGCCUUUCACACGCACACACGCACACAAACACACACACACACACACACACACACAAACGCACACACAUAUACACACACACCACAUUGUAUUUAGAUCCUCAUCCUACUGCCAUCCAAGACAGUAUGGGGUUUCACUGUCAGUCAUAUGAACAUUGGAUACUACUGAAUACUAUCAUGCUACUGUAGGAGGGAAUUUCUGGGCCGGUAUUGACUUUUAGAGCAGAACAGACAGAGCUGGGCUGCUCAUUUUAGAGAGAGAGAAAAAAAAGUCCCUCUAAAACAGUGGUUCAAAAAUAGCCGAGCUGUGCAAACAGCACUGUUGUCAAUAUUGACCAUAUCAAUAGUGACACCUCCUGUCACCUCCCCCUGUCCACCACGCCCUCCCUAGUCCCCUCCACACACACACACACACACACACACACACUGGGACGGCAUGGCCACAGCUUCCUAGCAUGGGAGCACAGAGGGAGACUGAAAUAGAAAGGGAUUUUCCCAAAUGUUGCCAUCUCAUCUUGAUGCUCUGCCUACAAUGUCAUGCUCUGGGCAUAAAAGGAGUCGUUCUUUCACUUAAUAUUGAUCAUUUUCAUCUUCAGUUACAAUGAUGCAGUUGAUGGGUGUAUCACACUACAGAGUAGUUGUAGGGAUUGGUCUGAUGGUCUCUAUAUCUGUGUUGAUUGACAGGUGCUGUGGCCAGUUCCCUGGUGAAGCAAAAGCUCCAGGAGGUGAUUCUGAAGAAGCAGAAACAACAAGCCCUGGGAAGGACCAGCUCUAACCCUCUCAGUGGUCCCCCUGUGGGCUACAGGUGAGAACUCUUUACACCUUCAGUAGCAUGUGGGCUACAGGUGAGAACUCUUUACACCUUCAGUAGCAUGUGGGCUACAGGUGAGAACUCUUUACACCUUCAGUAGCAUGUGGGCUACAGGUGAGAACUCUUUACACCUUCAGUAGCAUGUGGGCUACAGGUGAGAACUCUUUACACCUUUUGUUGCAUUACAUAAUGUUUCAGUAUGUGUGCUGUGCUUAGUAAUUUCACCUUGAUAUCUGUAUAGAAUUGAUUGUCCAACUCUGACUGUGUUGUGUGUCUGUGUGUGUUUUGUUUCUGUAGGGAGCUGGCUCCAGACCCCAGUGGGCCACCCCAGCCUCUAGUGUCCUCCCCCCCACAGGGUUCCAGAGAGGGCUCAGAUGACACCCCUCUACGCAGGGCAGGUGAGACACACACACGCACAAAUGCAAAGUGUAUAGUUCUCACCACCACGCCUUGUGCCUCUGUGCCUGAAGCUACGAGGCUACACUCUACAAUUAGCCCAUUACAUAAGAUCCUUGUUUCAAAGUGGUAGAGCUGUCAGCUGUGGCACGGUUCCCAGCCCGCGCACACAUACACACACACACACACACCCAGCAAAGAGAGGGGACUGACUGACAGAGUACUGCUUAUAACACAGUUUUGACAAAAUGUUACUGUAAUUAGCCACGUGGCUGCACACCACUUCAUCACUGUCAUCUUGUUCAUUAGACCUGUUUGAAAUCAGAUUUUGGCUUCACAAUGCCUGUAGAAUCUGUUUUAAAGAGGCUAACAGUAAAUCCAAAUGUGUCCUAGUACAUUAUGUACAUCAGCAGAAUAUACAACUGCUGAAAAUGUAUGAAUGGAGAGGAAGUUGGAUCUUAGAAAGGUGUUGAUCCUGAUUUCACUUGCCUGGAUUCAACAUUGUACUCGGCAACUAACUUCCUUUUGGUUCCGAUAGUUUUUAUUAUUAUCUCUGUCACUGAUCAGCCUCAGAGCCCAACCUGAAGGUGAAACACAAGUUGAAGAAACAUCUGAACACUCGUAAGAGUCCUCUGACCCGCAAGGAGAGUGCCCCACCCACCAUCAAACACCGGGUGCCCGACACUCUGGGUAAGUCCCUCACUUCCCCAAACAGAACACUGCUGCCCACUAGGCUCUGUGCUGCCAGGGCUAAUAGAAAAUAUAAAUGUUAUUAUGGACUCACUCUCACUCUCUCCGCCCAUCCGCCCUCUCUCUCUCUGCAGACUCGUCUCCCAGCAGCAGUAGCACCCCAGUGUCUGGCUGCAGCUCCCCCAAUGACAGUCUAACCUAUGAGAAUGGAGUGCUGCCCUCUGUUGGCGGGCUGUCCCAUGAGGUUAUUAUCCGAUUGGUAUUUACUCACUCUCCCUUACCCCUCUACACACGCAUACACUUAUACAUUACAAAUGCAUGAGAUAAGGACAGAGGUUUCAUUGUCCUCUCUGGUGUGUUUGUGUGGAAAUGGGAGCAGUAAUGCCCUAGUUUCUAGACAGUUCAUUCAGUGUGUUUCUCUAAGUUGUUCCUGUUUGGGUAAUGAAAUGUUUAAAACAGUGAUAUUGGAGAAGGACAUCUGGCUAUAGCCCUGUAGCCGAACGCAACACCAGAUCUGAUAAUCUAAUUAAACUCUCUCCACCUCGUUGUCUUGUCUUGGCUAAUCAGCAGAAUAAAAAGGCUGUCCCACAUGCAUUUUGAAAGACUCAAACACUACACAAACAUGCAGGCACGCAAACACACACACUCACUAUUUAUUUAUGCACUUACAAAAAAAUCACUUAAACACAUACACUACAUGACCAAAAGUAUGUGGACACCUGCUCGUCGAACACCUCAUUCCAAAAACAUGGGCAUUAAUAUGGAGUUGGUUACCCCUUUGCUGCUAUAACAGCCUCCACUCUUCUGGGAAGGCUUUCCACUAGAUGUUGGAACAUUGCGGCAGGGACUUGCUUCCAUUAAGCCACAAGAGCAUUAGUGAGGUCGGGCACUGAUGUUGGGCGAUUAGGCCUGGCUCGCGGUCAGUGUUCCAAUUCAUCCCAAAGGUUUUCGAUGGGGUUGAGGUAAGGGCUCUGUGCAGGCCAGUCAAGUUCUUCCACACCGAUCUCGACAAACCAUUUCUGUAUGGACCUCGCUUUGUGCACAGGGGCAUUGUCAUGCAGAAACAGGAAAGCGCCUUCCCCAAACUGUUGCCACAAAGUUGGAAGCAAAGAAUCGUCUAGAAUGUCAUUGUAUGCUGUAGAGUUAAUAUUUCCCUUCACUGGAACUAAGGGGUCUAGCCUGAACCAUGAAAAACAGCCCCAGACCAUUAUUUAUCCUCCACCAAACUUUACAGUUGGCACUAUGCAUUCGGGCAGGUAGCGUUCUCCUGGCAUCCGCCAAACCCAGAUUUUGUCCUUUGGACUGCCAGAUGGUGAAGCAUGAUUCAUCACUCCAGAUAAGGUGUUUCUACUGCUCCAGAGUCCAAUGGCGGUGAGCUUUACACCACUCCAGCCGACGCUUGGCAUUGCGCAUGGUGAUCUUAGGCUUGUGUGUGGCUGCCCGGCCAUGGAAACCCAUUUCAUUAAUCUCCCGACAAACUGUUCUUGUGCUGACGUUGCUUCCAGAGGCAUUUUGGAACUCAGUAGUGAGUGUUGCAACCGAGGACAGACGAUUUUACGUGCUACGCACUUCAGCACGCAGCGGUCCCGUUCUGUGAGCUUGUGUGGCCUACCACUUUGCGGCUGAGCCGUUGUUGCUCUUAGAUGUUUCCACUUCACAAUAACAGCACUUACACUUGACAAACUGACUUGUUGGAAAGGUGGCAUCCUAUGACAGCGCCACGUUGACAGUCACUGAGCUCUUCCUUCAGUAAGGCCAUUCUACUGCCAAUGUUUGUCUAUGGAGAUUGCAUGGCUGUGUGCACGAUUUUAUACACCUGUCAGUAACGGGUGUGGCUGAAAUAGCCGAAUCCACUAAUUUGAAGGGAUGUUCACAUACUUCUGUAUAUAUAGUGUGCAUAUACAGUACACACAAGGCCUGUGCCUGCUGAGUUACCUAUCAGGUUUGAGAGUAAACAGUCUAGUCAACGUAGUUGAAUUCAUGUUGUGUGUGUCUUCAGGCCCAGAGACUGCUGCUCCAGGAUGGGUCUCUAGCCCACUUCACCGUCCAGAGUUCCUCUGCUCUACCCACCAUCACCCUGGGCCUGCCAGCCAACGCCAGGGUAAGCAUAUCACACAACUUUAUGAAAAAUACUUUUAGAUGUUAUGAAUUCAAGGUAUUAUUAUUAUUAUUAUGUUGAGAUAGAGACAUGGUAAAAAACAACAACACUAAGACUCGUCUUUGAUAGCAACAAGAUAACUUAUUGCCACUUUAUAUGUGUGUAUGUGUUCAGAGUGAUGGAGACUUGUCCCCUCUGAAGGUGGGCCGGGUGCCUAUGGUGGCGGGAGGCCAGUCUGUCUACCUUCCCCUGGGGAUAGAGGAGCAGAGUGGGUCGCUGUCGCCCCACCUCCAGCCUGUCCUCAUCCUGGAGCCCUCCAGACUAGUCCAUACCCCCAUGCUCGCUGGUGAGACACACCACAGCAUUCACAUACAAUGAUGGCUGGCUUGCAAAAGUUUGACUUCCAAUAAACAUUGCCUUUAUAUGCAGCAGUGAAAAUUCAUUUUUCAUGUAUUUUGAAUUUGACAUAGAACAGGAGAAGUUCUUGCCAGGAAUGUGUUCCUUAUAAAAGUCUUACACAAUACACAAUUGCUAUGCUGGAUUCUGUAGGCAUUAUCGCUUUUCUCUAGCCUCCUGUGAAAGAGCUAAGAAGAAAAGGUUUAUUCUGCCACCAGAGGUAUCGUGGCACCGCCACCUAGUGGCCUUGACAAAUAGUCAGAUUUACAGCCAUAAUCUCCCUGUCUCCUCAUGUCUCAGUUCCAGGCCUGGGCCCCGUGCCGCUGCAGUUUGCCCCGCAGAUGGAUUGUCUGGCCCCGGGAGGGGGCCCUCACAAGCCCCUGAGCCGGACCCGCUCAGAGCCCCUGCCCCAGAGCCCCAGAUCCCUACACCCCCAUCUGCUGCAACAGCACCACAACAGCCAACUACUGGAGAGAAUUAAACAGCAGACACACCUGGGCAAGGUGAGUGACUUACCGACCUUCACAAAUCCCUCUUUUCUCAAACAUACUCUCAUACUCACUUCACUCAUACUCUGUUGUAAUGGAUUAUAGAUUUUUGUACAAUCCAUGGAUGGUUUCAUCUGUCAGCAGCUAUCUUUUUGGAAAAUAAUUAAUUGAUUUGAAUGGAGUUGGAUGAAUAAAUCUAAAUGGAUCAAUAAUUCUGUGUGUGUGUUCCAGCUGAUGUCUAAAUCCAGUGAGAAGCCUCGGCUCAGACAGAUCCCCUCAGAGGACAUGGACUCUGAGGAGGUGGGGCCAAUGCCCAGCGACACCUAUCAGGGCCGAGCACGGGUAGAGUCACUGAGGGAGGCGGAGCCUGUGUCUGAUUUGGACAGCCAGGGAGAACAGAUCAAUCUACAACACACACUCAUACUCAACCAGGUAAGAUACAGACACACAGAUGAUAGAGGACCACUAAUAGAAUAUGCCUUCCCUGAACUUCCAGCAGAGGGCAGCAAAGGGUUUAUUUUCUUUCUUCACGCUUCAUGCAGGAUUGACUUAACUUUACUUUCUGCGUUUAUAGAUUCCUGUGGGUUGAAAAUCACAACAACACUCAACAUCUCUCGCUCUCUCUGUCUCUCUCUCUAUGUCUUUCUCUCUCUGUCUCUCUCUCUCUCUCUGUCUCUCUCUCUCUCUGUCUCUUUAACUCUACCCACAUGUACAUAUUACCUCAAUUACCUCGACUAGCCGGUGCCCCCGCACAUUGACUCUGCACCGGUACCCCCCCGUAUAUAGCCUCCCUACUGUUAUUUUAUUUUACUGCUGCUCUUUAGUUAUUUGCUUUUAUUUUUUUUGCUUAACACUUUUUUUAUUUGUUUUACUUUGCAUUGUUGGUUAAGGGCUUGUAAGUAAGAAUUUCACUGUAAUGUCUACACCUGUUGUAUUCGGCGCAUGUGGCAAAUAACAUUUGAUUUGAUUUGUCUCUCUCUCUCUGGCUCUCUCUCUCUCUGUCUUUCUCUAUCUCUGGCUCUCUCUCUCUGUCUCUCUCUCUCUCUCUGUCUCUCUCUCUGUCGCUCUCUCUGUCGCUCUCUCUCUCUGUGUCUCUCUCUGUCUCUCUGUCUCUCUCUGUCUCUCUGUCUCUCUCUCUCUCUGGCUCUCUCUCUGUCUCUGUGUCUGUCUGUCUGUCUCUGUCUGUCUGUCUGUCUGUGUCUUUGUCUGUCUAUCUCUCUCUCUGUCUCUCUCUCUGUCUUUCUGUCUCUCUGUAUCUCUCGCUCUCUGUAUCUCUCUCUGUCUCUCUCUCUGUCUGUCUGUCUGUCUCUCUCUCUCUCUCUCUCUCUCUCUCUCUCUCUCUCUCUGUCUCUCUCUCUCUCUCUCUCUCUCUCUCUCUCUCUCUCUCUCUCUCUCUCUCUCUCUCUCUGGCUCUCAUUUUCUCUCUUGCUCUCAUUUUCUCUCUUGCUCCCACUAUCUCUCUCUAGUCGUUGCUAUGGGAGAAACAGAAACAGCUGCAGCAGUUGCGUCGGCAGACAGCCCACAUGGAGACACUGGCGGUACCCAUGAUGCUUGGCGGUGCCCACCGGCCCCUCUCUCGUACCCAGUCCUCACCAGCCUCCACCUCCCUCACGCUGCCAGACAAGCCCCUGCCAAUACCCGCCCCAGAACCACAUAGCAAACCACGCUUCACCACUGGUAAAAAGUUAACCACAGAGACUCAAGCACACUGCCACAGUGGGAACCUGUUUAGGUGUAGGUUAUUAUCCCUACUGUGGCUGUAAUUCAAUUGAUCCAAUCUGAGGCCUGGUCAAGGACUCUCUGAUAAGAUAUGGGUAGUAAGCAGUUUAUAUGCUUAUAUUCCAUCUCUCUUGUUGUGGUUAGAUCUGUCUUACAGCUGUUGAUGUGGAGGAAACGGGUAGUAAUCGCUGGAAAUACUAACAUUAAUGUGUGUCUCUGUUUGGUUGCAGGCCUGGUUUAUGACUCUCAGAUGCUGAAGCACCAGUGCACAUGUGGUGACAACAGCAGCCACCCAGAGCAUGCUGGGAGGAUCCAAAGUAUCUGGUCACGUCUCCAGGAGAGAGGUCUCAGGGGCCAGUGUGAGGUACAUAGACCACCGUUUUUAUCUCCUUUUUCUUUACCUACCCACUGGGCACACUGGUUGAAUCAACGUUAUUUCCAUGUCAUUUCAAUGAAAUCACGUUUGACCAACGUGGAAUAGACGUUGAAUUGACGUCUGUGCCCAGUGGGUAGACUCAAGGGACAAACGUUACCUUUUAAUUUGUAGCCAUAUUCAAUAUUGAUAGGCGUAGUUGUGUCCUAGUUGUCUCUUACUAAAUCGUCCAGUGUCUGCUCUAAAUCUGGUCCAUCUUCCCCCAUACAGUAUGAAAAUGUAUGCACUAACUGUAAGUCGCUCUGGAUAAGAGCGUCUGCUAAAUGACUAAAAUGUAAAUGUAAUACAGACUAUCCGGGGUAGAAAGGCCACUCUGGAGGAGCUGCAGUCGGUCCAUUCAGAGCGUCAUGUCCUGCUGUACGGCACCAACCCACUCAACCGCCUCAAACUGGACAACCGCAAGCUGGCCGGUACGUCCUCACUAAAGACUUAAUGAUGUUUUCAUAUAAUCUGUCAUGCCAAUCUUAUGCCAGGGCCCCUUGUAUAACUGGCAACAGUUAAGUAAAGCUACUCUCUUUGGUGUCCCUAGUAAGUAGGGACUUGCCUUUGGUUAAUGACUCUAAUGGUAUAGUAUUGAUGGCACUUUGGAAUCCCUUACGUUUAUCAGUCAACUCAUUAGUGUAUUUACAGUUUUGUCAAUCCCGUACAAGCAUUUUUUGGAACAAACAGAACUCGGUGGCCUUUUACAACAUAUACAAUACAUAAAUGCAUUCAUCAAAACUAUAUUAUACUGUCACAAUUGCAAAUACAUUCAUCAAAAGAACACAACUGCCUGCAAAAAGAUUAACGCAACCAUACUUAUCUCUUCAGUCCAAGCAGACAAAACUGAAAGUUAGUCUGUCUUUUAAAAAUCCCAGUAGAUCAAUAUAUUUUCUUUGCAGUCACUAAAUAAUGACGAUCCAAAUUAAUAAAACUCUCCAAAGGUGCAGAAUUAUGGGAAAUUACUCUCCUUUUAUGCAGAUUUCACCAAACAAUUUCAUACACAUCAAAUCAAAUAUUAUUCCAUGUAUUGAAUACAAAGGCUGGUUUGCUCAUAGUUUUGUAGACUUUCCAUUGGUGAACAGAAACACAAUACACAAUAGAAAUAAGAAAAGGUGAAUACAAUGGAGGAACACAACUGAUAUGAAUGAGGCCUCAAUCCAGACCAAAGCAAAGGAUAAUGGAAGGUCACAAUGCUGGAGAUGAUUACUUAGGAGUAAGCCAAAGUUACUUAGAAGUAACCCAACUUCAUUCUCUGUAUCUCUGCAUGUCUGCAAUAUUGUAAAAAAUCAUAAAAAUUAGACAGUCCCCAAUGCCUAGAUCCUUCCACAUAUUGUACACGGUAUGACACUGAUGGGAUGGUUUAGAAUGUCAUGCAGUAGUAUUUACUGAUUGCUGGAAACAAUGAACACAGUUGCACACAUUUCUCUUCAAAUCAAAUCAAAUGUUGUUUGCCACAUGCGCCGAAUACAACAGGUGAAAUGCUUACUUACAAGCCCUUAACCAACAAUGAAAAAAUAAAUAAAACAUGUACAUGUGGUAGUGUUAAAGUGACUAUGCAUAGAUAAUAAACAGAGUAGGAGCAGCUAAAAGAGGGGGUGGGGUGGGGUGGGGAGGUCUAAGAAAUGGGGGCCUAAGAUAUGCAAGUCAGGUACAAAGGCAAUAAAAUGAUCAGAAGAUCUAUAAAUGUAUUUCAGAAUUUGAUCAUUGCUGUUCUGCUAUAGAUACAUUUCAAUACAGAUCCAAAAAUUGCUUCUAUGCGACUGAGAAACUGUAAGAUGUAAUUUCAGUGAUGGUACACAGACAAACAGUAAUGUCAGAUGCUAAUAAAAUGAUAUGAAAAGGAGCUGUUAACACUGAUUAUUUGUGAUGAAUAAAACCACUCAUUGUUCUCCCACAGGCAUUCUCUCUCAAAGGAUGUUUGUGAUGCUGCCAUGCGGAGGAGUGGGGGUAAGUGAGAGGCCCAAUGCACACACAUUUUCCCCCAGCUCUCUCUCGCUCACAACAUCUCUCGAUUUCAGUUGGCAAUUCUUCCCUCCAAGUCCUUAACAACACUUAUAUGGUCCAUUCAGAGUGAUUAGUGAUGGGAGAUGUUGAUGUUGUUUCAAAGACAGGGCCAUGAGCAGACAAGGAGGGGAUAUGAAAGAAGAAAGCAUGAGUGGGUUGAGAAAAUAAAUUGCCUGACGAUCUCUGUCGGACCAUGACAAUUCAAACUAAUAGAAACAUUAUGCUCAUGACGAGGGAUUAAAUAAAUGCCUCCAAUUUCAUUGUCUGAGCCAGACAGCUAGAAAUGCACAUUUGUGAACAAACAGGAAAAAAUAAUGAAAGGAAGAAAGGACAGGAGCAUGUUUAAGUCCCUGAGGGAAUUCCCUCGUGUGCAUGUAUGCAUCUUCCUCCCCUGGAAACAAGUCCUGUUUUUCCCUCUUGUAUUUCUCUGUUGCUUGGCUAGCAAAUCUCUAUGGCACCGAGUGUGUCUGUGUACUGUAAGUAUUGUAAUAUUUCAGACCCAUAAAUGAUUGAGGUGAGGUCUGUUUGCCUCCAAACCGGUGUACCUGUAGUAAUACUCAGUGCCAUUGAAACCAUGGAAAUAAAAACACUACACCUGAUCCAUAUAGCAGUUGUUCUGUCCUGUCACUCACUCUCGUGUUGUUUUUGAUUGGCAGGUGGACAAUGACACAAUCUGGAAUGAGUCUCAUACUUCAACGGCAUCGCGCAUGGCUGCAGGCAGUGUCACAGAGCUGGCCUUCAGAGUGGCCAAGGGAGAGCUCAAGGUAAGACACAGAGAUCUGUAAUCCCCAUCAAAUCACACUCCAGACUGCCUCAGGCAACUUGAGAAAGAAUACUGAAUGAUAAUGUUUUGUUUUGUUUGACUGUUUCUCUCCAGAAUGGCUUUGCAGUGGUGAGGCCCCCAGGCCACCAUGCUGACCCCUCCAACCCAAUGUAAGUCUGUCUCAUAUUCUCAUAUCUAAUGUCUGUUUUUGUUUGUGUGUUGUUUUUCGUGUGUACUAUAUUGCUUGUGGUGGUGCUUGCCCAGGCUAACCACAGUGGGCUCUGCUGAGCGUUGCAGCGUCAGCACGCUGUCUGAUGAAAGAUAUUUAUGGCCUGAUAGUGAAGCUGGGAAGGAGAAGAACAGACAGAAGAUUUAUGCCUCUCCUCUCCUAUUGGUGUGCUGAGUCGGCUCCUAGGAAUUUCAAAUUUUUUCUUUGUAUCCUAACCACUAUCAUAUUGUAUUGCUAAUGUCUGUUUCUCUGCCUUUCCUCCACCCAUCCCUCCCUCCAGGGGUUUCUGCUAUUUCAACUCGGUGGCCAUUGCAGCCAAGCAGCUCCAACAAAAACUGAGUGCCAACAAGAUCCUCAUCGUUGACUGGGUAAGGGACUACAGUUACAGUGGCUGUAGCAUUAACAGUAGCAACACUAUUUGUGUUGGUGGUAUCCUCAUCUCAGUUGACUUACUACUGUUUUGACAAUAACUACAGUAUUUAGUAUGACCCUUAUGAUAUACUGUAUACACAUGAAAACAUGUAUGAGUACAUGUAUGUAUACACAUGUAUACACAUGUGAGUUCUGUCUCACAUUGCUUAUUUGUUACUAUUGGUCAGGUCUAGGAUAUGACAUCAAAUAAGCCAGCAGUUAUAUGAUUUAAUGUAACCAAAUCUUCUCUUCCAUCUCUGUCCUGUUGCUAGGAUGUUCACCAUGGUAAUGGAACCCAGGAAGUGUUUUACAAUGAUCCCAGUGUGCUGUAUAUCUCACUACAUCGCUAUGACGACGGAAACUUCUUCCCUGGCAGCGGGGGGCCAGCUGAGGUAAGUGACAUCAUUGGAUCAGCUCUACACGGGGCAUUCUGCCAGUAGGACAAUGGGCAUGACAUCAAGAGAAGCUCAAAAAGCUAGCUAGGUUCCAAAGUUACAGUGGACAGAUGUCUGCUCAAGGGUUUUAGUGUGUUGUGCCUCUAGCACCUCUAUGUUAUUGACCGCAUCUCCAUGGAGAAUGCAUUGUCUCAGUAGGUCUCUCUGUGUGUGCCUGUGUUGUAGGUGGGAUCUGGUGCUGGGGAAGGCUUCAAUGUCAACGUGGCCUGGACUGGAGGUCUGGACCCUCCUAUGAGUGAUGCUGAGUACAUCGCUGCUUUUAGGUAAGACAGCUCCGACCAUGGUCCUUUCUGGUUUAAACAUGAUUGUCCACCCGUCCCAAUUUCUGUAACUAUGCAGUCUUAACUUGUCACUUUCUAGAAAGGACCCCCUUCUCCCCUCAUACUGUAUUGACUGUAUUUUGAUUGAAGUGCAAAAACUCUGACGCACUUCUGAAUCCCAGUCAUUUGAAGUGCAUGUGUACGGUCCCAAUUUUCAAUGUUUUAUGUGUGAUAUUAAAUUGUCUCCAGGUUUGGUGGUUGUUGUAUUAAACAGACAUUUCACUGCCACUUCCUCCAUGGCACUUAAUUGCCACCGGUGGGUGGUUCAGGUUCUAAUGAAGUCUCUGUAUUUUGGUUAGGUCGGCUGUCUGGUGGCAACUGUAGGAAACUGUGGCAACCACAGACAGUGGUGGGUGGGCUCCACCUCUAAGCCAGCAUAACAAAAUGAGAAUGACAAGAUUGUACUGGAAAAGUUUCAACAAAAGUUUUUAACUUCAACGUAAUAAGAAACCAGAGUUUAAUAUUGCUAUUAUACCUUCCUUUUCCCCCCAGUAGUACACCACCCUUGGAAAUAAUAAUAAUUCCUCUGUUUUUGAAUCUGAAAAGACACCACCAUUUUGUUUGUUGGUGAAAUGUUCUCAGUCAGUUUCUCUAAACUCCAGAGGUAGGGAAUGCACCCCCACCCCCACCACCUCCCUGUCUCUGUCUCAUUCCUGUUCUCCUCUUAUCCCUACCUCUCCUUCCCUCGCUCUGAUUGAUCUUUAAUGAGCCCUCUCCCUCUCGCUCUUGUUCUCCCUGUAGUCGGUCUAUAGCCGGGCUCACAGGGGAGUAUGGGAGGUUUUAUUGGUCUGCAGGGGAGGCAGGGUUGGUUAGUGUGGUGGGGAGUGGGGGGGUCUGGGCUGGAGGAAUCCAAACGCAGGAUAAUGAACCCAAAUGGAUCCCAGAUGGCAGGCUGUCAGUGACGUGAGGAGAGUGACAAGCUCCAAAUGGGAACCAGACGUGCCUAUGGAGGCUUUGAACUCGGGCGGCAGCAGAGAUGCCUGCGUUAGCUCCCUCGCUAGCUAGCGGCCCUGCUCUGUUCUGUGCUGUGCUGGUUGACUCUCUGACAGAGAGGGGUGGUUGACGCCAGCACAGAAAACAACAGGAGGCCCCGGCAGCUCAACCUCAACCCUGCUCUCUUCACUGUCAUUAACAGCCAGACAGUGCUGUUUGUGGAGUAAAUAUUGUCGAGGUGUUGUUGAAAUAUUGUUGUUUCUCCCUGCAGGACGGUGGUGAUGCCCAUAGCUCAGGAGUUCUCCCCUGACGUGGUCCUGGUCUCCUCAGGGUUCGAUGCAGCAGAGGGACACCCUGCACCUCUAGGGGGUUACAAGGUCACCGCCAAAUGUAAGCAAGGCUUUCCUCAAACACACUUUCCUCAAACAGUACACGUUAGACCAUGAGCUAGCUUAUACAGUGGUUUUAUAGCUGUGCUAGUUAGUUCUUGAUAAAUAGAAGGUAAGACAUUUAUAAGCCUUGACCUGGUACACACUGACCUGGUUGCAUCACUGUGUUAGUGUUGUAAAUGUGUGUCUUUAUGGAUUUAUGUGAAUCUGUGCUGUAAAUGUCAUAAAGAUUGAUGCAUGCACUGUAGUACAGUGCCUUCAGAAAGUAUUAAUACCCCUUGACUUAUUCCACAUUUAGUUGUGUUACAGCCUGAAUUCAAAAUUGAUUAAUUAAUUAUUUUCUCUCACCUAUCUACACAACAUACCCCAUAAUGACAAAGUGAAAACAUGUUUUUGGACAUUUUUGCAAAUGAAUUGAAAAUGAAAUACAGAAAUAUCUCAUUUGCAUAAGUAUUCACACCCCUGAGUCAAUACAACCUUUGGUAGCGAUUACAGCUGUGAGUCUUUCUGGGUAGGUUUCUAAGAGCUUUGCACACCUGGAUUGCACAAUAUUUGCACAUUAUUAUUUUAAAAAUUCUUCAAGCUCUGUCAAGUUGGUUGUUGAUCAUUGUUAGACAGCCAUUUUCAAUUAUUGCCAUAGAUUUUCAAGCCGAUUGUAGUCAAAACUGUAACUAGGCCAGGAACAUUAAAUAUCCUCUUGGUACAGUGAGGGAAAAAAGUAUUUGAUCCCCUGCUGAUUUUAUACGUUUGCCCACUGACAAAGAAAUGAUCAGUCUAUAAUUUUAAUGGUAGGUUUAUUUGAACAGUGAGAGACAGAAUAACAACAAAAAAAUCCAGAAAAACGCAUGUCAAAAAUGUUAUAAAUUUAUUUGCAUUUUAAUGAGGGAAAUAAGUAUUUGACUCCCUCUCAAUCAGAAAGAUUUCUGACUCCCAGGUGUCUUUUAUACAGGUAACGAGCUGAGAUUAGGAGCACACUCUUAAAGGGAGUGCUCCUAAUCUCAGCUUGUUAACUGUAUAGAAGACACCUGUCCACAGAAGCAAUCAAUCAAUCAGAUUCCAAACUCUCCACCAUGGCCAAGACCAAAGAGCUCUCCAAGGAUGUCAGGGACAAGAUUGUAGACCUACACAAGGCUGGAAUGGGCUACCAGACCAUUGUCAAGCAGCUUGGUGAGAAGGUGACAACAGUUGGUGCGAUUAUUCGCAAAUGGAAGAAACACAAAAUAACUGUCAAUCUCCCUUGGCCUGGGGCUACAUGCAAGAUCUCACCUCAAUGAUCAUGAGAAUGGUGAGGAAUCAGCCCAGAACUACAUGGGAGGAUCUUGUCAAUGAUCUCAAGGCAGCUGGAACCAUAGUCACCAAGAAAACAAUUGGUAACACACUAUGCCGUGAAGGACUGAAAUCCUGCAGCGCCCGCAAGGUCCCCCUGCUCAAGAAAGCACAUAUACAUGCCCGUCUGAAGUUUGCCAAUGAACAUCUGAAUGAUUCAGAGGAGAACUGGGUGAAGGUGUUGUGGUCAGAUGAGACCAAAAUGGAGCUCUUUGGCAUCAACUCAACUCGCCGUGUUUGGAGGAGGAGGAAUGCUGCCUAUGACCCCAAGAACACCAUCCCCAUCGUCAAACAUGGAGGUGGAAACAUUAUGCUUUGGGGGUGUUUUUCUGCUAAGGGGACAGGACAACUUCACCGCAUCAAAGGGAUGAUGGACUGGGCCAUGUACCGUCAAAUCUUGGGGGAGAACCUCCUUCCCUCAGCCAGGGCAUUGAAAAUGGGUCGUGGAUGGGUAUUCCAGCAUGAAAAUGACCCAAAACACACGGCCAAGGCAACAAAGGAGUGGUUCAAGAAGAAGCACAUUAAGGUCCUGGAGUGGCCUAGCCAGUCUCCAGACCUUAAUCCCAUAGAAAAUCUGUUGCGGGAGCUGAAGGUUCGAGUUGCCAAACGUAAGCCUCGAAACCUUAAUGACUUGGAGAAGAUCUGCAAAGAGGAGUGGAACAAAAUCCCUCCUGAGAUGUGUGCAAACCUGGUGGCCAACUACAAGAAACGUCUUACUUCUGUGAUUGCCAACAAGGGUUUGGCCACCAAGUACUAAGUCAUGUUUUGCAGAGGGGUCAAAUACUUAUUUCCCUCAUUAAAAUGCAAAUCAAUUUAUAAAUUUUUUUGACAUGCGUUUUUUCUGGAUUCUUUUGUUGUUAUUCUGUCUCUCACUGUUCAAAUAAACCUACCAUUAAAAUUAUAGACUGAUCAUGUCUUUGUCAGUGGGCAAACGUACAAAAUCAGCAGGGGAUCAAAUACUUUUUUCCCUCACUGUCAGUAACUCCAAUGUAUAUUUGGCCAUGUGUUUUAGGUUAUUGUCCUGCUGAAAGGUGAAUUUGUCUCCCAGUGUCUGUUGGAAAGCAGACUGAACCGUUUCUUUUUAUCCUGAAAAACUCCCUAGACCUUGCCGAUGACAAGCAUACCUAUAACAUGAUGCAGCCACCACCAUUUUCGAAAAUAUGAAGAGUGGUAUGCAGUGAUGUGUUGGAUUUGCCCCAAACAUAAUGCUUUUUAUUCAGGACAUAAAGUUAAUUUCUUUGCCACAUUUUGUUCAGUUUUACUUUUUUAAUUUUCUUAAAACUGCAUUGUUGGUUAAGGGUUUGUUAGUAGGCAUUUCACGGUAAGGUCUACACCUGUUGUAUUCGGCGCAUGUGACAAAUAUAUUUUAUUUGAUUUUUUUAUUUGUAUAUUUGUAGUAAAUGGGUGGAUUGAUACACCAUCCAAAGUGUAAUUAUUAACUUCACCAUGCUCAAAGGGAUAUUCAAUGUCUGCUUUUUGUAUUUUUACCCAUCUACCCAUCUUUGCGAGGCAUUGGAAAACCUCCCUGGUCUUUGUGAUUGAAUCUGUUUUUGAAAUGUACUGCUCUACUGAGGGACCUUACAAAUAAUUGAAUGUGUAAGGUACAGAGAUGAGGUAGUCAUUCAAAAAUCAUGUUAAACACUAUUAUUGCACACAGUGUGAGUCCAUGCAACUUAUUAUGUGACUUGUUAAGCAAAUGUUUUCCCCUGAACUUAUUUUGGCUUGCCAAAACAAAGGGGUUGAAUGCUUAUUGACUCAAGAUAUUUCAGCUUUUCAUUAAAGAAAAUUCCACUUUGACAUUAUGGGGUAUUGUGGUAGGCCAGUGACACAAAAUCUCAAUUUAAUCCAUUUUAAAUUCAGGCUGUAACACAACAAAAUGUGAAAAAAGUCAAGGGGUGUGAAUACAUUCUGAAGGCACCAUGUUGUCAAUCUAGAAAAGGAGUUGGCACACAUGCCUCAUUGAACAUGAUUUAGGCUAGUUUACAUGCAAAGUUUCAGUGCUUAAUUGUCCACCACAUCCCAUAUUGACUGUGUUGUUUUCGAUGUGUCCAUCAGGUUUUGGGUUCCUGACCCGGCAGCUGAUGGGUCUGGCUGGAGGCCGGGUGAUCAUGGCUCUGGAGGGAGGUCACGACCUCACGGCUAUCUGCGACGCCUCCGAGGCCUGCGUUAGCGCUCUACUGGGCAUUGAGGUGAGAGACUGGUUUAAUGUGCAUUAAAGCAGUUUAUAAACUACUUUUAAACCCCUUCAUAAAUCAUGUUACGUAUACCAUAAAGGUUUAUGUGAAGUCUAUACCCUCAUAAGGAAUAUUCAAUCAUAUACAGUGCAUUCGGAAAGUAUUCAGACCCCUUGACUUUUUCCACAUUUUGUUACGUUACAGCCUUAUUCUAAAAUUAAUCAAUCUACUCACAAUACACCAUAAUGACAAAGCGAAAACAGGUUUUUAGAAGUUUUGGCAAAUGUAUUAAAAAUAAAAAACAGAAAUAAGUAUUCAGACCCUUUGCUAUGAGACUCGAAAUUGAGCUCAGGUGCAUCCUGUUUCAUUGAUCAUCCUUGAGAUGUUUCUACAACUUGAUUGGAGUCCACCUGAUGGUCACUCUGACAGAGCUCCAGAGUUCCUCUGUGGAGAUGGGAGAACCUUCAGAAAGGACAACCAUCUCUGCAGCACGCCACAAAUCAGGCCUUUAUGGUAGAGUGGCCAGACGGAAGCCACUCCUCAGUAAAAGGCACAUGACAGCCCGCUUGGAGUUUGCCAAAAGGCACCUAAAGGACUCUCAGACCCAUGAGAAACAAGAUUUUCUGGUCUGAUGAAACCAAGAUGGAACUCUUUGGCCUGAAUGCCAAGCGUCACGUCUGGAGGAAACCUGGCACCAUCCCUACGGUGAAGCAUGGGGGUGGCAGCAUCAUGCUGUGGGGAUGUUUUUCAGCGGCAGGGACUGGGAGACUAGUCAGGAUCAAGGGGAAGAUGAACAUGGCAAAGUACAGAGAGAUCCUUGAUGAAAAUUUUAGAAUAAGGCUGUAACGUAACAAAAUGUGGAAAAAGUCAAGUGGUCUGAAUACUUUCCGAAUGCACUGUAAAUAAGAGGAAAGGUAUUGAGGGCUGGAAAGGAGGAUGAUGUUGAUUAGUGGCCUGAUGGUUUCCUCUCCCACUGUGUUGUCCAUACAGGAGCCUCUGUCAGAGGAGGUGCUGCUGCAGAAGCCCAAUGCAAACAGUGUUUGCUCGCUACAGAGAGUUAUACAGAUACAUGGUGGGUAAACAGUCAUUCAACUCCUCUUGUCUCUUUCUUAUGCAGUACACCACUGUCCCUCUUUUCCCUCUCUCUCUCUCUCUCUCUCUAUUCUAUUUUUGUCUCUCCCUUUAUUCUGGUCUGAUCCUAAUUAUUGUGAAAUGCAGAGACUUCCUGAGUACACACAAGGAUUUAAUACAGUAGGCUACAAGGCUAUUAAUAAUAUUGAUCUUUCACCAUAUGGGCCCAUAUAGUUUGAGGGACUAACUUUUAUAUCAGUUGGAUGAUUAGACCUUCUGACUGCAGCCAGUGUGUGUGCUUACUGGCUCUGGUUUAGGCAAAAAACACACAGAAUAAACACACAUAGGGCAGAAUGGGGUAAGUUUAGCCAUUUUUUACAUUCAGCAUCACUACGUCAAAGGGAAAUAUAGUAUUCUUUUAACAAAUAUAUCUACAUAUAUUUCAGGAUGUUGUGUAUACAUGGAAAUAAUCCGAAUAUAUGUAAGCAUAGCUUGUCCCCAAAAAGUGGUCUCUUGACACAACUUACCCCGGGUAUGGGGUAAAUUGAGCCACGGGACAGGGUAAGUUAAGCCGCCUACUGAAUUAAAUAUUACCGUUAUUUUUUUAAACCAUGUCUAUCUUUAUUUCCCAAACACAGUUCAACACAAUCACCUUUUUGUUUGUUUUUAUCGUUUUAAGCAUGGCUUAACACCCAACAAACACUUUUGACAUAGGCCCUGUUGUUACCUCAUAUCCCAGCGAUAAUGCCAUGUAUUACGCCUGGGAAGAAAACACUUCAAUGGCCAUUGUCUCAACUUACCCCAAGGCAAACAUUUUGACUAUAUUAGCCCACACAGCUACAAGGAUGCACUUUCAUGCUAAGAUAAGGACCUAUUGAAGCUUAUAGAGACCCCAACUGAGGUAUAGAACAAUCUUAAAAUGAUCUACUUUGGUUUAGAUACAAGCAUCAUGAAAUCUAUAACACAAUAAAUUCAUUUGACUUGGUGAAAAUCCGUUUUUUGAACCUAACCUUUUCCAUGUGGUUUCUUCCUUCACAGACCCCUAAAUAUUUGGUCAAAUGAUUCAUUUUGUGUUUCCUAGAAAAAAGGGUGGCUCAACUUACCCCUUUGUCUCAAUUUACCCCAAUCUCUCCUACUGUAUAGCCAAAAAGAUUCUCUGUUUGUUUUUCAGGUCAGUAUUGGCAGUCCCUGAAGCCGUUCAGUAGCUCUGUGGGACUGUCCUACCUGGGUGCUCAGAGAAGAGACUGUGAGGAGACUGAUGCUGUCAAUGCUCUGGCCUCUCUCUCUGUGGGGGUCCUGACCAGCAAGAGGUACGACAGGAGCACCUGGACCCAAACACUCCUAAACACUCUCAAACACUCCCAAACACUCUCACAGUAAAGGGCAGACUCCCCUGUACAGUACUGUACAAAUAUGAUGCAUGAUGCUUUUCCUAACUAUCUUCUCUAUGUGUUUUCCCCCCAGCCUCCCUGACGAGCCUAUGGAGCAUGACGACGACUCCAUGUAAAAUAUGCUGACUUUUGACCUCAGAGACCUCUCCUUCAGGACGUCCCAAUAGCCUUGGAGAUCCUGCGCUGUCACACGACGAGGGGGAGGAGGGUAGAUUGUGGAGAUCUGCCUUAACCAAUGAGACCUUAAAGCCACCCAGUGCCUCAAAGACCACUGUCCAUUCUCCUCAGACUCUAUGCAGCACAACUUAACACAGCGAAGAGUGAACUCAACGCAGUGGAACUAAUGUGGCCUGCGAAGCCACAUCAAAGCCCUGUCAGUGUAUAUGUGAGAUAAAAUAUGUUCUCUCAAACAACUGAUUAUUAAAUUGACUCUGUCCAUGGUCUAGCCCUAGCAAGACAGUCAUUUAUAUUGUGUGUAUUCAGAAGGAUACGUCCAUACCAGCCCUGUGCCGUCAUAUUGACCACUCUUUGGUAUAAUAGGUCUUACGGAGGCACUUACAGUAAAGCAAUACUUCUCAGCCGUUGCCUUAUUUCCCCAGUGUCUGUGAUUAAUACAGGCCAUAGAGACUAAAGGAAGAUGUGCCCUUGAAGGAGGGAAUACUUAGCACCAGGUCUGUGGGUGUCUGUUGUUGUGUCAGUGAGCAUAGCAGACCCCAGUCAGUGGCUCUGAGGAUGGCCCUGAACAGACAGGAGGGAGAGAUAGAGAGAGAGAGCCUGGAGGGGACCGGCCAGCAACUGUUGAAUGGCUCAGUCGGUCCUCGAUGAUGUCAUUAAUAUUCAGUUUAACCACUAAAAAGGGCCAAAAAGAAGAAGAAAUGAAGAUAUGGAUGACUGUGGUUUUCUGUCAUUUUUGUUUUUGCACUGCAUUCCGUAAUGUGAACCGUUGAAAAUUCCAAACCUCGGGGAAACUAAAGCUCUAGAUUAUUUAAUUAUCUGUUCAACUUUGAAGAUUGGAAGAUAUUGUUCUCCUCUAAAAUCCACUCACAUUCUAAGAAGAAGACUUAUGCAUUCUACAUUUCUACCGGCAUGUAUACACAAUGAGUAUUUCUACGAAGUGCAUUUGCAAAAAAAUCCUGUUUGGCCAGAUUGUAUUACGAAGACUUUCCACUGCUGUUCAUAGACAAAUGUCUUUAUACAUUGUUUGCAUGGACACACACAAACACACACACUCAGAAAGGCAUUGUAGACAUGCAUGCUAUUUCCCUUCAUGUCUUACCACUGACAUAAUGAGGACCAAAAUUACUCCUGUCUCGAGGAUAUAUAGUAUACAAACUGGAUGAACUGAAACAAUUAAACCAAUGAAUCUUAUGAAGAGCUGAAUACCUACCACUGUUUGGAAGGAAAUACUAAAUCUAUGUUCAUUCCUAGGCCAUUUUAUUAUUUUAUGAUGAUAGUCAAAGGCUCUAAUGCACUUAAUGGAGAUCUCCCAAAGAAAACUGUCUUAAAUAUGUCUGCAGUGUGACUGUAUUACUGCAGUUGGACCAGUGUGGUUACCGUGUUACGUUGAUGUUUGUUUUUGCAGGACCAGCAUUUUGACCUGUGGAUAGACAUGCAUAUUAUAUUGUGUACAUUAAUUUGACAGUUCAGUUCCCUUGAUAUUAUCCACGUACAGUAAUAUCAAGCAGAGCUGAAUACAGUUAAACUGAGUGCAUUAUUCUAUGUGAAAACCUUCUUUAUGGUGUUGCUCUGUUUGUUUCGAGGACCAACCAAAAUACUAUUACUGUUAGCACUAUGGAGAUCAGUGGCGGUCAGUGCCGUUUAAGAUGAGUGAGGACGUUUUUUUUAUUCUCAUGCGCAUGGCCUUAUUUCUAUUACAGCAUAUUGGAUGACUGUCAUUCAUAUUCCAUUCCGCCAGUUCAAUGUAACAGCGAUAGGUUUAGGCUACUACAUGAUACUCAAAUGUUCCUAUACCCAUCAUGAGGUUGCUACAAACUAGCCUAUGAAUUAAAGUUUACAACGUAGGUGCACACAGGUCGAGAGAAACAUUUGAGGUGACAGACCGUGACACAUUCAGUGCCGCCUUGCACACUCUUGCCUGCAUCUAGCUGAUCUAGGGUGUAAUCAUUAGUCCAACAGUUGCUAACAAGAGUUUCUAUUGGACAAAUUCAGGUAUGUUUAUCCCCAUUUCGUUCCGUUUGCGAAACUUUUUUCAACAGAAUCGGUGGAAUGAAUACACCCCUGAUCACGCGUAAACACAGUUCACUUUCAUAGCAGCCACGUUGUAUUCCUUCUCGCAUCUAUGCGCUCUCCUCCUCUCACCUUUUGCCUUCGCUUGUGGACUUCAAUGCACAACACAUCAGCUGGAUGUGACCAGGCAAAAAAAAACGUUCCAAGCCAAACCAUGUCAUAACUGCUACACACAGCCUACAUCGUUGUCACCAUAUUAGCUAAAGUAACGUCAUAGUCAACAUAGCUAAUAUAACUAACGUGUUAGUAAACCCACUACAAUUAUGCAGUAACGUUACAGUGUACAGUCAGUAAGCAGUUUAGCACUUACACCAGCAGGCCCCGGUGGCAAUACAUUUGUAAAACCAAAAGCUUACCUUGACUUGGAAGAGUUCCAGUAUUGUGUUGGAUAGUCAUAGCCAUCUAGCUAACAUAGCAUCCCUCUGUUUGAGUAGGCUAAACUAGCUAGCUGCAUUUGCUAGCUAAGUAAGUGAAACUGAAAGUAAAAAAAAAUGCUUCUCUUUCAUUUAUGAAGAAAUGUAUUUGUUCAAAACUGCUCAACUAUUGUCUUUCUCUCUUUGAGUCAACUACUCACCACAUUUUAUGCACUGCAGUGCUAGCUAGCUGUAGCUUAUGCUUUCAGUACUCAAUUAAUUAUCUGAUCCUUUGAUUGGGUGGACAACAUGUCAGUUCAUGCUGCAAGAGCUCUGAUAGGUAGGAGGACAUCCUCCGGAAGUUGUCAUAAUUACUGUGUAAGUCUAUGGAAGGGGGUGAGAACUAUGACCCUCCUAUGUUUUGUAUUGAAGUCAAUGUACCCAGAGGAGGACGGAAGCUAGCUGUCCUCCGACUACACCAUGGUGCUACCCUACAGAGUGCUGUUGAGGCUACUGUAGACCUUCAUUGCAAAACAGUGUGUUUUAAUAAAUGAAUAUAUUUAUUAUAGUUUUAUCUAAAAAUGAUAACUUUUUUAAAUGUUUUACAAUUUACAUUUUUAUGAAAUUCACUGAGGAGGAUGAUCCUCCCCUGCCUCCACUGAUGGAGAUGUGGCUUUACUAUGAUGGUGCAUACGUCUCCCAUACACCUUGUGUAGGAAGUCUCUCUUGUACUCCAAUUGUAUGUAUGAUACAGUACUUGACAUCAUGCUGAUUUAUAGAUUUUCAGAUAUACUGUAUCUGCACAUAUCCAAGCUGAACCUGCUCCAAACUGAAACUAGUUUGUUAACAUGUCCUGAGACCUUUUUUGUGUGUUCAUGACAUCCAGUGUAGAUCGUUUUUGUUGUAAAUUGAAAUGUGUACCACAUUCCACCGUUUCAUUUUCUACAUUCAUUCUGGGGUUAUGUAGUUUGUCUUAAUGAGCAUUUCAUCUAGUUUGCACUCAUUUUUAGAGGUUCUUCAGUUGAUAAAAAAAAAAUGCCCACCAUCAAAUUGAGAAAUUGACAUUUGUUUUCAGAUUCACAAUAUUAUUUUGUAUAUGACCCCAUACCUCUAAGGAAUGUGGCUAAAUGGCUGAAUGUAUCAGAACGCUCUAUUACUGUGUUUUCUAUGUUGAAGCAGUCAUGUUCUUUUUUUAACAAAAUCGAAGAGGAGAGUGAGAGAGAGCGUCCACUUUUGACUAACCACUGCAGAAAGAAAACAUUUACAAGGCAUAUUUGUUAAGGAACAUACUCUCUCUGCUGGUGCGCCAAUACAGUGGCACACUGGUGAUACAUGUCAAUCUUGUCUUAACUAAACAUUAUUCUCUAACCUUAGCUGCAUCCUCUCCCCUAGUUGUCGUUGAGAGAGAGAUAAUGAUAAUCAUGCUAACAAGUCUUAUAGUAUUUUCUUACUAUACUCUGUACUAACCACUGUGGAUAGCUACAGAUGUAGGAUUGUAAUUCGAUCACCCUGUUGCAGGAGAAAUGUCCUGCAAUGCAGGAAAUUUCAACCUUGUAGUGUAUUUGAGCUUUGAAACGGCUUCUGAAGUUUGUAAUUUCCACUUUUUUUCUUUUUUUUUAUCAACCCCUACAAAACUGUCCAUUAAUUAUAAUCCACAUAAUUCACAUUUCCUGUUGCUGCAGGACUAUAUUCGUGCUGUAGCAAAUUGGCUCAAAUUAAGAUCCAAAUCUGUGUGUGUGUGUGUAGGAGACCAUUGCCAGUUUUCAUUAUUCAUUAUUGUUUGUACUAGCUAUUUGUUUUGGGGUGGUUGUUUUCAAGACUCUGGGCAAUGUUUGCCCAUAAGAUCCCCUCAAAGACUUAGAAAUAGAAGUAACCACCAUUAUUCAUAAUCUCGUACAACUGACAGUGACUGUGCUGUGUCUGUCUCGUAAUGCACCAGUGGGUAUCUGUUGUCUAUGAAGUAAUGUUAGAGAAAGUGUGUUGAAUACUGUACAUUGCCUCUCCUGUAAAGACUUCCAGGGGCCUAUGGGCAACACUCUUAUUGUCUUAGUGACCAGUGGGCCGCUCAUCUUGAUUUCCUUUAAUAUUGUCCUUUUUAUGCUCUAUUUCUUAAAGUCACUGUAAAUAGAUACUCAAGACCAAAAUACACCACGCAUGUGCCUUGAGUCAAGUAUUGGUAGCCUUCACUAACUGGAGUUAAGAAUAACAAAAAAUGACAUUGAAUCUUUUUUCAUACUUUUUAUUUACCUUGUGUUCGUUUUUUUCCUACAUAUUUCCUAUGUAUGUAUAGAAAGAAUGUCUAUUUUGUACCGUUUUUCUCUUAAUUAAAAUUUUAAAUUGUCAUUUUUGUGUGUACAGAAUUGUAGGUGUGACAACAUGUUGGAUAUACAGUGUACAUUCCUGGUCCACUAAUACAUGUAUCCACAUAUGCUUCUGUGGUUGGGUAGAUCAUAGGAUUUAUUUCCAACCAGACAACCAAUAACUAUUUUAGAGGCCUUAUUUUCCCCAAAAGAACAACAGCUUUAUGGGCAAUUAUACCCUGGGCUGCCUGAGCAGACACUUGGGCCUCAUUAAGGAAGUCUGUGUUAUAGAGCACUAUUUAAGGCUGACAGGGUAACACAUAGAGAGCCUGGUAACCCAGGUUCUUUCACACACAAACUCAAAGAAGGAUAAUUGAUGUAUUUCGUAUGUAUUUGGUGUUUAGAAAUGUUAUUGUGUCAUCAUCCACCUCCAAAUGUUUGGUCAUAUAUUUUGGAUGCUGAUGUUGGACUUGUUCAUUCUGGUGUAGUCGCAGUACAGGGUGUAUGCUUUAAGGUGAGACUGGUAAUAAGAUGGGGCUGAGAAAGAUGCUUCAAAGAUGCUCAAAUACUCAUUUUAUUAUCUUACAGCAACUGAUUCCCUUUUAAUUAGGAAUUUUAUAUUGGUUUACAAACAGUUCUUUGACUACAUGUAGUUACACUACAAUAGGAAUUCCCAUUAAUAUCUGCAACUUACAUUUGUUUACCAAACUGUUUCCAAGUCACAAGUUGCAAUUUCCAGGUCAUAAACAUCUAUAGUUAUCCCUCUUCUAGACCUGCUAGUAGCUCUGAAUCAUUGUCCCAUAGAUUCUGUGUGGGCUCGAGGAAGCUGAGUCUUUCUACAGUACCUCUCCAGCGUGAGGGCAGGGCUCAUAUCUAUGAUUUAGUUGGUCCAGAGGUGUAGGUCCAAACCAGUAAACAAAGGGAUUGCAGACCAAAAGGUGAAGGCUUCUCAGUCGCCUUGGUCGGGUGCUGGGGAGACAAACACAAGAUUCUGUAAGUACUACGUGCUUCAAACAUUCUGCAAGUGUUACGUAAUGAAAAAUAUGCCAUUUCCUUUUGUGUUGAAGAAAGCACAAAUUAUUAGUCCAUGAUGCCUAACAAACCCUCUGCACUCUCUAACAGUUAAACUGGUUAAACUCCCAGGGGAAAAAGUAAUGGGCAUAAAAACUCCCUUUAGUAUUAAGCUGUUUGUCCAUUUUCCCUAGCCCUGUUUUGUUGGGAGGUCAGGGCUCAGUGUUUUGUUGAGCAUGUCCUUGUAAAAUGUGGUAUUUCUAUUAAAUGUAACUGGAUAAUAUCAAUAAAUAUGCAUAUAAAAGACAAAAGUAACCUCAAUAAAUAUAAGUAUACAUUUAGAACAGUCGGUCAAUUGAAAGCCAAAGUGUGUGGCAAUAAGUUUAGCGACAAGACCAAAGCAGGCUAAAACACCAAUGUGUAUUUGAUCUCCUUAAUUAAUAAGGAAGCCAUCUGACAGCGGUGCAACAACUGGUGAGCUGUAGCGGCCAUCUUGAAAGACACGGAUAAACAUUGAUGCCUCCCUGACAGAUAAAAAAACGAGUAUUUAUGUGGCAUAUACACACACACACACAUACCAAAGCAACCACACGGAAUAGCAGGGAGAACAUAUGCAUACUGUAUUCACAUGUAUAUGAAUACAAAGAUGAACAGAAAGGGCUAUGCAGACUAACUGGAGAAUAAUACAGGACCCUAACAAGAAAGGAGCAAAGAAUGGCUUCCUUCAGAGUCAGCUUGAAGACUGUACCAUAACAAUGGCCAUCCCAACAAACAUUGUCUGAGAAUGCAUUUCUUAUAUCUAGGCGCCUAUACAGGCCACUUUCAUUUCACAUGAUAUUCAGUAAGAGAUUAAAGGAUAUUUAGCUUUCAUUCACCUCAAACACAAUUUCUAGAGGACAGUAUUGUUUGAGAAUGUCACAGAAAGCAACAUGUCAUCGUGGGCUAGGUUGUAGGAACACACUGUGCUGACUGUACUAUGAAAAAUACUUCCCUCAGAAGCAUGGUAAUGGUACCUCUUGUGGACAGUCUAAUGAUACGUUCUGGGAUUUUUGCUGCAUUGGGAAUGAAGUGGGUUUCAAAUGGCAAAGGCCAAAUGUGUGGCUACUGGUGAAGGAAGACACAGCCACUGAUGAGGCGUCUGACAGCCAUCUUUACCAUGGAGAAGUGGAACUGGAAGAAUCAAUGGCACCACUUUCAUCUAACUCUGUGGUUUGUGGGAGUGCAGUAGACAGCCAUCACUUCUCCUUUGAUGGCUAACUGCUGCAUGGUUUCUCACAACCAGUUUGUUUUUGUUGAGCCCCGUCGAGAACUAUCGCAUUUGCGUGCAACGUAGCAAGUUUAAGCCAAAAGAAAAGAAAAGUUUUUGCACCAAAAUAUGGAAUUGGUUUUGGUGUACGAAAGUGAAUCUUGUAAUGUUACUUUUUCCACAAUAAUUUAGCUUCUAAGGUAGAUUAAUAUUAAUAGGUCAGUGUCUAGGAAAAUUAUGAGACUAUGGGAUACAAUGAGUUAUGGGGGAAUUCAUUAUUCUGUGCUGUUCACAUAAAUGUAAGAUCAAAAACAACAUCAAGUCUAUGAAGAAGUUAUAUAUGAUUAUAUUCAUGAUUUCUGGUCUAAAUUCUAUUUGUAUGUGUAUAGAAAAUAAAAAGAAGAUACCUACCGUAUGGUGCGAUUUGUCAGAGUUCAACGCUAUUUGUUACAAAAUUUAUGAAAUAACAGCUCUACAUCCUCCUAUUAGGUCCAUAAUCUUGAUGAUAAUCAUGGGAUACAUCAAGCUACUAUUUUAUAUAAAUGUUCAAUACAAACUGAUCUUGUAGAAUAGUUACUGUAUGUAAAAAGAGAAUCUUGGUAACCUAAGUUGUCCUGUCCUAUGACCCUCCCUUGUGAUUCACUUACUUGGCAUUAGUUAUUGGGUCUCAUUCUGGCAAAUGUCAAGCAUGGCAUUCAAUACUCUAAUAAAACAUCAGGUGUUUCCCUAUGUUUAUAUCUGAUCACCUUCAGCAGAUCUGUUCAAUUAUUACUUCUUUGCAUGCAGUAUAAAACAGUGAGAUUUUGUUGAGUAUGUAUGGUUUGUAUCUCGGCAGUCGGAGUGCAUACCUGGUGUAGAGUGAUAGAGGAGUUAGAUGAUGUGAGGAUGAGGGUCAGAGAGCAGGGGUCAGAGGUCAUGGGAGAUUGGGACCGGAGGGCGCUGCUGGGGGAGGGCGAGGGGGCAGGAGGGGAAGAGGGGGUGUUAGAGAGGUAA